CGGAUUGCACGACGAAGAAGGCGCCGCUCGAUCAGGCAGCAUCCUACGAGAAGAUCGAGUUCGGCAACCAGCCCCUUUCGCUCGCCAUCGACCCGAUGGAGAAGUACAUCGCCAUAUCGUUCACCGAUGGCAGCGUCGAAGUCUACCCGACGUCGGGCACCGAACGUUGCCUCCGCCUGCUCACCCCCGCCGAUCAAUGGGUGCCGAUCUUCACGGCUGGCGCGCGUCUACUCUCGCGCUUCGACGUCAUCUGGCCGUUCAGCGUGCUCGAGGACGGGCGUCACGAGAUACGGUACCUCUACUGCCGCGGUUCACGCGUCCCGCUCGUCGACCUGCGCCUGAUCCCCGACACUGCCGCCUGGGAGAUGCCGCUGUGCGACGUGGAGACGGACAAGGGCCGGCUCGAAUCCCAGCUGCUGCUCGCCGAACAGAAGAUGGUGCUCAUGCGCGCAGCUGAAGUCGAUACCACGUCGGCCUCAAACGAGCACACCCGCGCCCUGAUGCAGUUGUUCGCGCUGGCGCUGAAGAUGAACCGCGAGGCCCGCGCCGUCGAGAUGGCCCGCUUUGCUGCCAGCUCGCGCACCGUUCAGGCCAUGGUCAAGUACGCGGCCCGGCAGAACCGCAGCUUUAUGGUCAACAAGUUGAACGAACUGGGCAACGAGCUGGAGGAGGAAAUGGAGCACGCGGCGGCGGCGGCCGAGCAGCCCCAACAAUCGACGCGCCGUUCCGACGCCCACAGCCGGAAGGAAGUGCCCGCGAUGGUGCCGAAGAAGGUGGUUCUCAAGAAGCGCGAAUCGACGAUGAUAUCCGCGGAAGCGGAGGCGGUGCUGGCGCGCGGACGGCUUGACGUGAGCACGAAUGAGGAAUCGCAAAGCCAGGCGCUCGUUGAGGGACCCAAGUUUGGGCUCGACAUUAGCGGCCGCGCCAAUCCUUUCCAAAAGAAUGUUGACAUCAAAUCGUUGGACAAUUCCUCGGUCUUCGAGCAGCUCGACUCGCCGGUCGACCGCAAGCGCGUCAGGGAUACUCAGGCCAAGCAGCCGCGGCUCUCGUCCGUGUUUUCGGUGACCAGCAAGGAAAAUCGCGAGGAUAAGUGUGGCGCCUUCGGACUGUGGCUGACGGAAAACGAGGAGACGUGCCGCGAAGAGUUCACCGGCGACGAGGUCCGCUUCCCCGAGUACUGCCAGCAGAAGUUCCGGAUGUUGCCGGCUGCCCAGAAAAAGGAAUGGAAAGCCAAGGCCGAGGCGAGC